GUUAGAAGGACUGUAGUUGUAGAGAAAGUCACUUGUCUGUGGGGACAGAAUGGAGCACACCUUGCUCUGUUUGCUACUAUUGCUGAGUACACACAUCUACUCUGGACACUCUGAACAUGAUGAUGGACGGGCAAUGGCUGUUCUGACCAUACAACCCAAAUCCUCCCAGAUAUUCAGUGGAGAGUCUGUCACUUUCAGAUGUAACAUACAUAGGGGAGAAGUCACUGACUGGAAAUACACAUGGAGCAAGGAUGGUGUAGACUUAACCAGUGGGAAGCAUAAAUAUGAGAUCAAUGAGGUUAAGAUUUCAAACAAUGGUGACUACAGGUGUCUGGGUACACAUAUUGGUAAUGGGGCGUAUUCUGAGUGGAGUGAUGCAGUCAGACUGACAGUGACAGCUCUUCCUGAAACUACACUGAGCGUGUAUCCAAACCCUGCAGACACUGGAGAGACAGUAACUCUGACGUGUUCAGUGGGGUCUGACAGUGGCUGGAGCUACACAUGGUACAAAGACAACACUAAGAAAGUAGUGACCUUGUCUGGCAGACACACUACAACAGGAGCCACCUUCACCAUCAGUAGAGCUGCUGAGACUGACCAGGGUCUCUACUGGUGUCAGGGAGAGAUCCAGUUCAGAUCAAUAUCAUCAAUCAUCAGUGAUCCUGUCACUAUCACUGUGAAAGAGAGACCUGUGGCUGUUCUGACCCUCCAACCCAACUGGCCCCAUAUAUUCAGUGGAGAGACUGUCACUCUCAGAUGUGACAUACAGGGGGGAGAAGAGAUUGAUUAUGCUUUUUAUAACAGUGGGAUGUCGGUCUCCACCAAAACAGAGCCCGAGUACAGAAUCAGUCCUGCAAAGAAUGGUCUAUAUACCUGUGAAGGUCUUCAGAAAAUAAAUGGCUUAAAACACUCCCAGACAAGUAAUGCUAUACAAUUGACCGUGUUAGAUAAACCCCAAGCUGUCCUAAGUGUCUCUCCUCAGUGGCUGAACCCUGGAGACUCAGUUACUCUGAGCUGUGGGGUUAAAGAGUCAUCUACAGGCUGGAGGUUCUUCUGGUACCGAACUGUUCCCUACACAGCUGGGUUACUCUCCCUGUCAGAUAGGUCCUACACUGUAGAGCCUCUGUCUGGCAAUGGGACUAGUGAAGACUCCUACACUCUGAUCCCUACUGGUCCUAGUCACACAGGAGGAUAUGUGUGUAGAGCAGGAAGAGGAGACCCAGUCUAUGACACACUCUACAGUGAACCUCAGUUUUUCUGGUCGGGAGAUCCGCAAACUUCCGUGUCUCUCAAAAUAAGACCUAACAGAACUCAACACUUUACAUCAAAGUCUCUCUCACUAAGCUGCGAGGAGAAGAGGAAUUCUACUGGAUGGAGACUGAAGAGAUACAGAGAGAAAGCAGUGGAGUCAGGAUGUGGCUCUAACUGGGGAUCAAUAGCAGGGUCCACAUGUACCAUCAGAUCCACACGUAAAAAGGACAGUGGAGUUUACUGGUGUGAGUCUGGAUCAGGAGAGUAUAGUAAUGCUGUCAACAUCACAGUGGAUGUUGGCCCUCUGAUCCUGGAGAGCCCUGCCUAUCCCAUAACUGAGGGAGACUCUGUGACUCUACGCUGUACAAAUAGAUAUCAGGAAACAAACCCAAUACCGAAGGUUGAUUUCUACAAAGAUGGAGUACUCAUCAGGAAUGAGACCACAGGAGAAAUGACCAUCCCUGCAGUGUCCAAGUCAGAUGAAGGCUCCUAUAAGUGUAAAUAUAGUAAAGGAGAAUCACCAGAGAGCUGGGUGACAGUGAGAGGUGUAACUCCUGGACCCUCUACAUCAGUCCCAGUAGGAGUGGUUGUGGGCCUGGUUGUUGCUGGUGUUCUACUGGCCAUUCUCCUGGUACUGCUGUGUCCAUAUAAAAAAGCCAAAGAUUCAUGUUGCAACAUAAUGUUCUCGCCCCACCAGCUCCAGAGGACCAACUUGGACCCCCAACAGGACCAAGGAUCUACCCAGGGCCUGGCUCCUGAUGCUGGGUAUACACGUCUGCAACAUGGUGGCGCUAACAUCUAUGAUACAAUCACACCCCCAGACAGUAAUGACAAUGAUGCUGGUGCUGCUACUGCUGGACCAAGUGAUGUGAUGUACGCCCAGAUUCAACUCAAAAAGUUGGACAAGAAAAAGAAAAAAAUGCCAGCUGAUCCAAAAGAAAAUCCAGUCUAUUCUGAGAUCAAGGCAUGGAAGACCACAGCAGCAACUGGACCUGUUGAUGUGACCUAUGCUGAGGUUGACCUUAAACAGAAGGCCAAAGCCAAGAAGAAGAAAGAAACAGCAACCCCACCUGAGACAGAUUCAGUCUAUUAUCAAUUGAAGCCAGGUACAGCCCCAGGUACUUGAGGGGGUCAGGGAUGGAGGGAUGGAGAGAUGAAAGGAUGGCGGGUUGGAGGGAUGGAUGGAUGGAUGGAAGGACACACCAUCAGAGGAGGAGCAGAAGCAGAAGGAAACCGGAACAUGGAUUUUGUGCUCUCAAUGCACACAAUCAAACAAACACAUGCACAAACACAAUAACACCUUGUACAUUAAGGAGUUCUUACUUAUUUCAUUUACCAACAGAUAUAUUAUUUAACUUUGGGAUAUGUGGGGCGGUAGCGUCCCACUUGGCCAAAAGCCAGAGAAAAUGCAGAGCACCAAAUUCAGAUCAAUUCCUAUAAAAAUCAAGCUUUCAUGACAUCACACCUGUAAGAUACCAAAUUAAAGCUACACGUGUUGUGAAUCCAGCCAACAUGUCAGAUUUCAAAAAGGCUUUUCAGCAAAAGCAAACGAUGCUAUUAUCUGUGCACUGAUAGUAAACAAAAGAGAGAGAACAUUUCAACCCUGCAGGCGCGACACAAAACGCAGAAAUAAAAAUAUAAAUCAUGCCUUACC